GAAAAAUUUGUCAGACUCACCCAAAUAAAAAUAAAUAAAUAAUCCAAAUUUUCUAAAUAAAAAGAAAAACCCAUUUUCUUUUCAGCCAGAAAUAGAGGCGUUGUUUCUCUUCUCCCCAAGCUCCUCAAAGAGUAGUUCUUGUCUUCUGUCUCUAUUUUCUCUGUGUUGGGUUUUGCUUUAACAAAAAAAAUCAAAGAAAAGACGAAGAAGAUUGGGUUUGUGAAGAAAUUUCUCUAAUGAAGAUGUAAUGGAAUGAGUAUAUGAUGUUGUUUAUUAUACUCAAAGGAGGAGGAGACAAGAAAAAGAUCGAACUUUGUAAGAAGAAAAGGAAGAAGAAGAACAAAGAGAUAACCAGUCAUUGAAGAAGAGAAGCAGGAAGAGGAGACAGUGGUGGUGAAAGGGUGUUCACCAAACAACAACAACACCAUGUCUCAAACUAACUGGGAAGCUGAUAAAAUGUUAGAUGUGUAUAUUUAUGAUUACUUGGUGAAAAGGAACUUACAAGCUUCAGCUAAGGCAUUUCAAGCUGAAGGGAAAGUCUCAUCUGAUCCAGUUGCUAUUGAUGCUCCUGGUGGGUUUCUGUUCGAAUGGUGGUCGGUUUUUUGGGAUAUUUUUAUUGCUAGAACAAAUGAGAAGCAUUCUGAAGUUGCAGCUUCUUACAUUGAGACACAAUUGAUUAAAGCUCGAGAGCAACAAAUACAACAUCAGCAGCAGCAUCAACAACAACAGCAACCACAACAACAGCAACAGCACAUGCAGAUGCAACAGCUUUUAUUGCAGAGGCACGCACAACAGCAGCAGCAGCAACAACAACAACAGCAACAGCACCAUCAGCAGCAGCAACAACAACACCAUCAGCAGCAGCAACAGCAGCAGCAACAACAGCAACAGCGACGAGAUGGAGCCCACCUUCUUAACGGAACUGCAAACGGGCUUGUUGGAAAUGACCCCCUUAUGAGGCAGAAUCCUGGAACUGCAAACGCCUUGGCUACGAAAAUGUACGAGGAGAGAUUAAAGUUGCCAAAUCAAAGGGAUUCGUUGGAUGAUGCUACCAUUAAGCAAAGGUUUGGUGAUAACGUGGGCCAGCUUUUGGAAGCAAACCAUGCGUCAAUGUUGAAGUCAUCCCCUGCUGGCCAGUCCUCUGGGCAAGUAUUGCAUGGUACUGCUGGUGGUAUGUCAGGAAAUCUGCAUCAAGUGCAAGCCCGAAACCAGCAGCUUCCUGGAUCUACACAGGAAAUAAAAAGUGAGAUGAAUCCAAUAUUAACCCCCAGAGGUGCAGGUCCAGAUGGUUCACUCAUUGGUAUUCCUGGUUCAAAUCAAGGCAACAACAAUUUGACUUUGAAAGGAUGGCCACUCACACAAGGGCUUGAUCAACUUCGUUCAGGGCUCCUUCAGCCGCAAAAGCCAUAUAUACACUCCCCUCCACCUUUUCAUCAACUCCCAAUGUUGACUCCGCAGCAGCAGCAAGUUCUACUUCAGGCACAGCAAAAUUUAAAUUCCCCUUCAGCCAACGAUGUAGACAGUAGAAGAAUGAGAAUGCUUCUAAACAGUCGGAAUAUGGGUCUAUCAAAGGAUGGUCAAUCCAGCUCUGUUGGUGAUAUAAUUGCAAAUGUUGGAUCACCAAUGCAAGCUCCAUGCCCAGUGAUGCCUCGCGGAGAUACAGAUUUAUUGCUAAUCAAGAAAAUAGCCCAGUUACAGCAACAACAGCAGCAGCAGCAGAACAGUAAUCAGCAACAGCUUCAGCUCCAGCAACAGGCACUUCUUAGUCAAUCCCAGGGUUCAAAUCAUCACCUCCUCCAGCAAGAUAAAGUUGCGGGUGUAGGCAGCAUAUCAUUGGAUGGUAGCAUGUCAAACUCUUUCCGAGGAAAUGAUCAGACUUCAAAAAAUCCGACUGGGCGAAAGAGGAAGCAACCAGUGUCAUCUUCUGGUCCUGCCAACAGUUCAGGAACUGCAAACACAGCUGGCCCUUCUCCCGGUUCUGCACCCUCCACACCUUCAACUCACACGCCAGGAGAUGUGCCUUCAGUACAACCUGGUGCUAAUUCCUCAAAGGCGUUAAUAAUGUUUGGAGCCGAUGGAACUGGACCUCUAGCCUCACCAUCAAAUCAGCUGGCUGAUUUUGUGGAGGAUGGAUCCCUUGAUGAUAAUGUUGAGUCGUUCCUACGUGAUGACAAUGAUGCUAGAGAUCCUGUAAGCCGUGGUUUCACAUUUACCGAGGUUGGUUUUUUCCGAGCAAGUACAAGUAAAGUGGUAUGUUGCCAUUUUUCAUCGGAUGGGAAGCUACUCGCCAGUGGUGGGCAUGAUAAAAAGGCUGUACUUUGGCACACAGAUUCCUUCAAGCCUAAAACAACCCUGGAAGAACAUUCCUUGCUGAUCACUGAUGUUCGCUUCAGUCCAAGUAUGCCACGCUUGGCUACUUCCUCAUUCGACAAAACUGUCAGGGUCUGGGAUGCUGACAAUCCAGGCUAUUCACUGCGUACUUUUACGGGGCAUUCUGCUCCUGUCAUGUCACUAGACUUUCACCCAAAUAAAGAUGAUCUCUUAUGUUCAUGUGAUGGGGACAGCGAAUUACGAUACUGGAGUGUCAACAAUGGUAGCUGUUCUCGGGUCUUUAAGGGUGGAACGACCCAGAUUAGAUUCCAACCUCGUCUAGGGAGGUACCUUGCUGCUGCUGCGGAGAAUGUCAUUUCGAUCCUUGAUGUUGAGACUAAUGUUUGCCGCCAUUCAUUACAGGGACAUACGGGUCCAGUUCACUCUGUGUGCUGGGAUCCUUCUGGUGAGUUACUGGCAUCAGUAAGUGAGGACUCUGUCAGGGUCUGGACACUUGGAUCAGGAAAUGAAGGCGAGUGUGUGCACGAGUUGAAUUGCAACGGCAACAAGUUUCAUUCUUGCGUUUUCCAUCCAUCAUAUCCUAAUUUAUUAGUCAUUGGUUGCUACCAGUCUUUGGAGCUAUGGAACAUGAGUGAGAACAAAACAAUGACUCUGUCUGCGCAUGAAGGACUAAUUGCUGGUCUUGCUGUUUCAAAUGUGACGAAUUUGGUGGCUUCUGCUAGUCAUGACAAGUUUGUCAAGCUUUGGAAGUGAUUUUGUAUUGGGAUGAUCUAUGUGGAGUACUAUAUAAUAGGCUAGUAACUAACAAAUGACUAAUUUCUGUUAGGCCUUUCUUGUUAGGUUAAUUACUUUGUUGGUUCUUUCUAAGUUCUGACAUAACUUGAUUGUAAAUCUCUAAUAUAAAAAGAAGAUGCCUUUUAGGAUGCCUUUUAGUUGGUACUAGAAAUAACUUGUGCCAUAACGGCACUGGUUUUGAUCGUGUUUUCUUCGUGUUAAA